AUCUGCGCCGUGAAACAUUGCGCCUGGCUAUAACAUACGCGGCGAGUGUUGAACGAGGCUGUGACAGAGGAGCACAGCUCAGCUGCGCACUGCUUCACAUAUGGUCCUGCCUCAGGCGCGGCGCGGUGCGGCCCGCCGCCAAGGGCAGCAAAAGGCACUGCACGUUCGGGUCAGCCACAGGGUCCACUCCACAGCACAGCGCUGCCACUAGCAUGGAGAUGGAGAGCAGCGCUUCCCGCCGUCGCUGUAGGCAGCCCAUCGUGCACCACCGACACAGCAGGUCCGUGCCGGUAGGUCACCCCGUCGAGGCUCCUGGCCAGGUUGGCGUCCAGGCUCCACGACGGGGGCCCCGAGGCCCUCACCGGGCCGCCCCUCCGGACGCGAGGACAGCGAUGUGCGCACUGCCGGAGCUACUGCAGCCCGGCCAUGAGGACCCCGUCGGCCCUGGCGCUGCUCAGCAUCCUGCUGUGCCUGCUGCCCCUCGCGCCGGCGCAACCCCAGCCGCAGCAGGACAGCCAGUAUCAGGAGGCCAGCCAGUUCCUCAGAGAGUAUGAUCGCGAGGCGGCCGCCAUGUGCUUCCGGGUCACGUCGGCGACCUGGGGCUUCAGCACCAACGUCACCGAGAGCAACCGCCGCAGAAUGCUCGAGGAGCAGGCGCUGUCGUGGAAGUUCGGCCGCGUGUCCUGGAGGAAGGCGACGUCGCUGUCCUGGGCGCGCAUCUCCGACCCGGCGGCCCGCCGCCAGCUUCAGAUCCUGGCCCAGGAGGGCCGCAACGCGCUCGCCGACGACAGGUUCGCGGAGCUGAUGCAGCUCAUCGCCGACAUGAAGGACGUGUACGCCCGCGCGCGGGUGUGCCCGACGACGGGCGUGCCGGGCGCGGCGACGUGCGACUGGCGGCUGGAGCCCGAGCUGAGCCGCGUGCUGGCGCGCUCCCGCGACCCCACCGAGCUGCUGCGCGCCUGGACGGCCUGGCACGACGCGGUGGGCCCGCAGCUGCGCGCCAAGUACGUGCGCUACGUGCAGCUGGCCAACGAGGCCGCCCGCCUCAACGGCUUCCGGGACGCGGGCGAGCACAUGCGCGCGCCCUACGACGACCCGGAGCUCGAGUCCGAGGUGACGCAGCUGUGGGCGCAGGUGUCGCCGCUGUACCGCCAGCUGCACGCGUACGUGCGCCGCCAGCUGCACCGCCACUACGGCGACCUGGUGCGCGAGGACGGGCCGCUGCCCGCCCACCUGCUGGGCAACAUGUGGGCCCAGAGCUGGAAGAACAUUGCGGACCUGGUCGUGCCCUUCCCGGACAAGCAGGGCGCCGACGUCACCCCGGAGAUGCUCCGCCAGGGCUACACGCCCGUGAGGAUGUUCCAGACGGCCGAGGAAUUCUUCACGUCGCUGGGGCUCAAGCCCAUGUCGAUGGAGUUCUGGCGGCACUCGAUGCUGGAGAGGCCCGUGGACCGGGAGGCGGUGUGCCGCGCCUCGGCCUGGGACUUCUGCAACCGGAAGGACUACCGGAUCAAGCAGUGCACCGAGGUGACGAUGGACGACCUGCUAACGAUACACCACGAGAUGGCCCACAUCCAGUACUACCUGCACUACGCCGAGCAGCCCUACAUCUUCAGGCGCGGCGCCAACCCCGCGUUCCACGAGGCCAUCGGGGACGCCAUCGGCCUGUCGGUGUCAACGCCCCGACACCUGCAGAGGAUCGGCCUGCUCAACAACAUCACGGACGACUACGAGACCAACAUCAACUAUCUCCUGACGGUGGCCCUGGACAAGGUGGUGUACCUGCCCUUCGCGUACGUCGUAGACCAGUGGCGCUGGCGCGUCUUCUCCGAGGGCGUGGAGAACAUGAACGGCCGCUGGUGGGAGCUGCGCAUGCGCCACCAGGGCGUGCUGCCGCCCGCGCCCCGCUCCGAGAGGGACUUCGACCCCGGCGCCAAGUACCACGUGCCCGCCGACACGCCCUACCUGCGCUACUUCGUGAGCCUCGUGCUGCAGUUCCAGAUCCACGAGGCGCUCUGCCGCGCGGCCGGCCACCCGGGCCCGCUGCACACGUGCGACAUUUACCGGUCCAGGGAGGCGGGCCGCCUUCUGGCCGAGGUACUGUCGCUGGGCGCGUCGCGGCCGUGGCGGGACGUGAUCCGCGUGGCCACGCAGGGCGCCACGGACCGGCUGGACGCGCGGCCGCUGCUCGACUACUUCCAGCCGCUGGCGCUGUGGCUGCGCGUGCAGAACCGGGAGCGCGGCGUGGUGGGCUGGACCACGACCAGCCAGGAGACGGCGCUGUUCGCGCGCUGGGCGAGGCCGCUGACGGCGGCCGCCCCCGGCUGCGCCGUCGCGCCGCCUCAUCACCUUCUCGUCAUAUUUAUUGUUUUCGUUACUACUUGCUUGUCACAACAAUAAAAGGAUACAAUCUCAAGUGUGAA